UGUUACUACUCUAAAUCAAGAGCUCCGACUUUCAGAACACAGCAAAAUCACUCAUCAUGAACUCCGAAGACAUAUAUGCACAAGUCAGCGAGCGCUACGGCAGCGCAGCCAAGGGCUCAGAUGCCAGGUAUAGCAACACCAUCGCCAAAGCCUUCGGCUAUUCAGAGGAGGAACUCGCCUCAGUUCCCAAGGAUGCCAAUUUGGGUCUGAGCUGUGGGACACCUCUUGCUAUUGCUACACUUCGGGAGGGAGAGACAGUCAUUGACCUGGGAAGUGGCGCCGGGCUCGAUGUAUUCCUCUCGGCCAACAAGGUCGGCCCAACUGGCAAAGCUAUCGGGGUAGACAUGAACAAGGACAUGCUCGCAAAAGAACUAGCGCUCAAGGCUGACCGUGCCAUAAAUAACGUCGAGUUCAUCGAGUCUCGCAUCACCAACAUAGUUCUGGAGGACGGCAUUGCCGACUGCAUCAUCUCCAACUGUGUCGUCAACCUGGUCCCGCAUAAUGAGAAGCAGCAAGCGUUCAACGAAAUGUUUCGCCUCCUCAAACCUGGAGGCCGGGUGGCCAUCUCCGAUAUUCUUGCCAAGAAGCCACUCCCCGAAAAAAUCAGAAAUAGCAUGGCUUUUUAUGUCGGGUGUGUGGCUGGGGCAAGCCAGGUAGUCGAAUAUGAACAGUAUCUGGGUAAUGCAGGCUUCGAAGAUGUACUCAUUACGGAUACGGGCAGCGACCUGAAUGUAUAUCUCGAUGCUAUGGCGGGUGGCUGUUGCUCAGCGAUGGGGAGCAUAGCGUCGGACCUGAAGGGAGAGGAUUUGAACCAAUGGGGUGGCUCCUUCAAGAUCUAUGCUGUGAAGAAGUAGAAGUAAUUCUGAGGAAAGAUGCAAGUAGAGCCGGGGGGAGGAGGUAUAAGUUGUCGUUUACGUCUAGGUUGUCUAUCAAGCUUCUACCGCGGUUCGCGAACACAGUAAAUCGCCUUUCCCUAAAUAUCCUAGCUAUCUUUACUAUGCUUAGGAAGGUAGCAUCGUCCUCAAUAAAGACCAGAGUAC